AUGAAGAGAGUGCUCACUUUUUGCUCAGGGAACAAGGGUAAGAUAGCUGAAGUUAAUGCCAUACUGAGUGAGCACUAUGAGAUCAAGCAUGUAGAUAUAGAUCUAGACGAGUAUCAGGGAACACCUGACUAUGUAGCUGAACGAAAGUGUCAACAAGCUGCUAAGUUACUGAAUGGACCUGUUUUGGUUGAGGACACAAGUUUAUGCUUUAAUGCUAUGAAUGGAUUACCUGGUGUAUAUAUCAAAUGGUUCUUGAAAGGAGUAGGGCGUGAGGGACUAUAUAAGAUGCUAGAUGGUUUCGAAGACAAAACUGCUUAUGCUCAAUGCAUUUUCGCAUACACCUCAGGGGUUGACCAACCCGUCAGUCUUUACAAAGGAAUCUGUGAUGGAUCUAUUGUUCAACCAAGAGGACCACCUGACUUCGGAUGGGAUCCUGUGUUCGAACCAAAAGGUUUCAAUCAGACCUUCGCCGAGAUGGAUUCAAAAGUGAAGAAUACGAUAAGCCAUCGAGCCAAAGCCUUGGAUGUGUUAAAAUCAUCGUUGUUGAUUUAA